AGGCUGAGAUUCUUUUCCGCUGUGCGAUAGUCUAUUUUGGUAAUUUCCAUCGGGUGCACUCGUUUCCCUAUACAGUGGGCCAUAAGCAGAUAUUUUCUCUACCCAUAAUCUAAUCCAAGUUUUUGUCCAGUGGGUUUAACAAAGCAUUUACCGUUCGUACAAAGAGAGAUGAAACUCACUGCCAAUGGCGUUGAUGGUUUAUGCAUCCGCAAAACCUUUUAGUCUUCCAACGCUGGUAGCAGCACAAUCUUGUUUCAGAGCAAGGAAACCGGCAAGGGUAAUGAGGAGCACGUCGUCACACAUGGCGGAGGGAUCGUCCUCGAAGCUGAAGGAAUUUCCGCAUCUAUCGAGUUCCCAAAGAGCUCUGAUGGCCGAUCUCAUCAACGCUAUAGAAGAUCGGUUCGAGGAUCGUCUUCUUCCUUGUACGCUUCCUCCUGAUGUUGAGUAUUACCAGAAUCAGAGCGGGACUUCGGAAGGCGCUCUUCUCAUCAGAUCUGGCUCGCCGGACUCUUCGAUCAAUUUCAUAUUGGCAAGUUGGUUGCACAGUCAAUUACCAACUGGAGCAUCACUAAACAUAGCAAGCCUUUCUGCCUACUUGAGACCUUCAACUGAUGCUCCAAAUUUCCUCAUAGAGUUCAUCCAAAUCUCUCCAACCUCCCUCAUUCUCAUUCUCGAUCUUCCUCCUCGAAAGGAUCCCGUCCUCAACCCCGACUAUCUCCAAUCUUUCUACGAAGACACAAGAUUAGACACUUAUCGCAAAACCAUUGAAGAACUUCCCGAGACUCGACCGUACGUCAUGUCCUCGCUUUUCUUUCGCUCCUUGGUUUCUCCAACUUCCAUAAUUUCUCGUAUCGAUACAGAAUCAGGUGGACCUGAACGCAUGGAGGAGAUUAUAAAGAACCACGUCGGUCCCAUUGCGAGAGAUGUAGUUCGAGUAUGGGUAGAUGAAUGUGCUUGCAAGGAGAGAGAGGUUGGAAUGAUGGAAAGAGUUGAACUUGAGAAAAGAGAUAAGUUAGUUAAGAAGAAAACUAUUGACAUAGAUUUGGGUUCUAGUUUGCCAAGAUUGUUUGGACAGGAAGUAGCUGAUAGAGUAGUGGCUGCUAUUCAACGAGUCUUUGAUGAAGCAUGAGACUGUUUUGCUUUUGUUAAUGUGUAGUGUAUUAUUGAGUCUUAAAUGUCUCACUUGUAAAUUGCAAUGGAAGAAGUUAGAUCUCUUGAUAA